GGCUCCACCUCACACUCAACGGGUGUGGGAGGAAGAGCCAGCCCAGCAUUUUCAAGGUUAUCUCCUGCAGGAUACUCCUCUCACGGAUCCUAUGGGAAUUCUGAUAACCGCGAUUUUUCUCUGGGCUGCUGUCGGAGUGGGAAGCCGACCAGUUACCUCACCCCUUAAUGAUGCAAAGGUUGAAUGUAUAAUUCAGGAGACACUGAAUGAAGACGGGUCGCACCAUGAGUGUGGAUCCCAGCUUGCAGAGGAACUUAACGAGGUGCAGAGACACCAGGGUCUUCUCAGGGAGCUGCAGAAGCUAGCUGAUGACGAGCGGGAGAAGGAGGAGAGGGACGAGUACAAUCUGGCCGAUGACAAGAUCGAGUUUGAGCAGAGGGAUGAGGAGGAUGAGAGAGAUAUGAGAAGUGAUGGAGAAAAGACAGAGGAUGGAGAGACCAAGAGGAAGCCACAGACUGACGAUAAUGAAGAGGAGACAUCCAAAAAGCUUGAGGAGUUGCUCGCCGACGAGAUCACCAAGAAAAGUGAAGAGGAGAAGAAUGAUGAAGAGCUAGAAGAGCUGCUGAAGGAGCUCAAAACGAAGCGACACAAGGCUGCGAAGGAGAACCAGAAAGGCUCUGAAACAGAGGCAAGAAAAGAAGUGGAGGAGAAGAAGAUGAAGCAGAGCAACGAGGGAGAGGAUAAAAGAGCAGAGGACUUAGAGAAGCAAAAGAUGGAAGAAAGGAAGAAGAAUGAAGUGGAGCUGAUGGUGGAGAAAGAGAAGGUGGAGAAGGAGCUGAAGGAGCUACUCAGGGAGCAAAGCAAUGGCAGCAAACCGGAGCAGGACAGGGAGAGGAAGGAGAAGCAGGAGGAGCUGGAGGAGCUUGUCCGAAAGAUGAAACGGGUGCAGGAGGAGGAAAAGCAGGAGUCGCAAGGCGGGAAGAGCAAGGAUGGUACAGACGAAAAGAACGAAGACAAGGAGGGCGGAGAGGUGGAAAAAUCAGACGGGAAAGUCAAGAAGACGAGCGAAGCGGCGGGGCUGAAGGAGCCGCUGCAGAAGAGAGUGAUGGAGAAAGCCAGCGAUGAGGCCACACGGCAGUUUGAGAGGGAGAGGUACGAGGAAGAGGAGGAGGAAGAAAAUGGAGAGGAUGAUGAUGAGGAGGAAGAGUUUGUUAGAGAGGAUGAGGAUGAAGAUGAUGAGGAUGAAGGGGAUCAUGAAGAAGAUGAAGGGGAGGAGCUCCUGGAGAUUGAAGCAGAGCUGCGAAAAGUGGCAGCAGAGCUGAGGGAGCUUCGCAGAGGAUGAGCAGCUCACCCAGGGAGCAGGCCGACUGGCAGGCCCCUUCCCUUCCCCUUCUGCUCCCUGUUCCAGUCGUGUAUUACAAUCACACAGUCAUCACGGCACUCAGAGAAACGUCUUUAAAUGUGGAUGUCAGUAGAAAGUGUGCGUAAUGCUUUAUCGUGUUAGAUUGCCAGGAUGGAUCCGUCUCGGUUUCCUCAGCUGAAUGAGGCGGCCGUCUGGAGAUUCUGCAGGUUCACGUCCAUCUCUGGUUUCCCUGUCUGUGUGCUUGUAAAUGCUGUUUGUAACAAAGACAGGGUACUUUUUCCACUUAGUUGCACUUUCACAAGCUCAUGCACUUUCAUUCAAAUGUUAUUUUGAAUGCACAAUACUAGAAAUCCCUGCUCUUCUAAUCUUUGUUUGAAUUGUGUUUUUCUGGGGAGACGACCAGCUUCCCUGUUGGUCAUUUGUAGACAUUUAGUGCAAUAACUGAUGACUAAGUUCAUGCUAUCUGACUGUUAUCAGCAACAAUGCUCUUAUUAGGAAUAAGUCAUUACUUCCUCUUCAUUUCUUUGAUGGUCCAGUAGAAGCAUGGAUUAAUUUGGCUCACGCACUGUUAAAACCAGACUGUUUGUGACGAACCCCAGUGGCACGAGCCAAAUUCGGAGUUAACUAUAAUGUUGCACACCCGAGGCAGGUUUGUCAUUAGUGUGAUUGGUGGUGCGGUGACAGAAUAGUGAUGCACUCAGAGCUUAAAAGGUCUAAAAGUGUCACUCGGGGUUCUAAUCCAGCUUUGCACUCUCAACACGCCAAGGAGCAGUCGAAGAAAGGUGGAGGGACACUUUAAAGCCAUGUGUUGUCUUCUAGUAACAGCAACAGUAACAGUCCGUAGUUUUCACCCCGUUUGUGUUAAUAUUACGUGUGCGCCUGCAGCCAACGUUUUAUGAGAUGUGGAGCAACAGCCCCCCCUGGAGGACGCUGGGUAGACAUGCACAAAGAGCAGGGGUUAACAGAGAUAGCAAUGGAGGCCCACUUGCUGCAAUAAUGCAAUAUAGAUUAUAGCACAUGUGAAUGCAAUAACUAGCCAAGUGUAUUUAAUAUGUAAUCGAAACGCAUCAUUAGGUAUUCCUUUAGCAAAUAUACGCCCUCCGUCUUUAUAAAGCCAAGAUUACAGCACAUGCAUGUGUUUAAACACUGGUAAAAUAGUAGGUCAGGUUGUAUGAACUUUUAAAUAAUAAGCUAAUAAUACUAAUAUAGUCUUCUCCAAAGAAAUCUUUUUCCAAAUGUGCAAUGAAUGUACUAUAUUUUUCCUUUUUAUAUAGAAGUGAAAAAAAAAAAAUUCCACAAAAUGUAACCCUAGAAGCCAGCCAGCAAGAAAGCAAAAAAAAAAAAAAUAACUAGUUUUUAAAGUUGGGGAAUGAGGGAGUACAGAGAAUAAUCUGAAUGGAUGAAGUAAUCAGAAACUGAUAAUACCACAUAUAUGAGUUGCAAUAUUACUGCUCAAUCACAGUGCUGUAUUUUGUGCCUGCUGUAUCCUUCUCUAUGAUAUCUGUCAAUCAAUAAACCAUGUAUCAGACCA